UAAUGGGUAUGUGUUAAAAUAAGCCAGCAGAAUAUACAUCAAAAAUUCCAAGUUUUAAAGAUGAAAUGCCAGAAGAAGACGAUGAAAAUGAAAAAAUUGGAGAAACUACAUAAUUACCAAUUGAAGGUGAGAGUACUAAUUCCAAUCCAAAGUUAAAAUUAGAAGAUUUUGAUUUAAUUAAAGUUAUUGGUAGAGGAUCAUUUGGAAAAGUAUUACUUAUUAAAAAGCGUGAUGAUUAAUAAUUAUUUGCAGUCAAAAUCUUAAGGAAAAAAAUGCUUUCUAAGAAGAAAUAGCAAGAUUAAGCUAUUAAAGAAAGGAAAAUCAUGUCAUUAAUAAAUAGUCCUUUUAUGGUGAAAUUACAUUAUGCAUUUUAAAGUCCUUCACGUCUUUACAUGGUUAUGGACUUUAUGUAAGGAGGUGAACUCUUUCUACAUCUUAGGAAGAGAUUCAAGUUUCCAGAGGACUGGGUUUAAUUCUAUGCUGCUGAAUUAUUGGUUGCAAUAGAUAUACUUCAUUAAUCUAAUAUUAUAUAUAGAGAUUUAAAACCAGAAAAUAUAUUAUUGGACAAGAGUGGACAUAUAGUAUUAACAGAUUUUGGAUUAUCAAAAUUGGGAUUUGAAAGAAAUGAAAUGACUUAUUCAUUUUGUGGAACACCAGAAUAUGUAGCCCCAGAAAUUCUAUAUCGUAUAAAUUUAAUUAUAUUUAUAUAGAAAGGGGACACACAUUUGUUGUUGACUUUUAUAGUUAUGGUGCAAUGAUAUAUGAGAUGCUUUGUGGAACUCCUCCAUAUUAUUCAAAAGAUAAAAGAGAAAUGCUAAAAAAUCGAUGUGAGAAACCUCUUGAAAUGAAAUCUUGUUUUUCAUUUUAUGCAGCAUCAUUAUUGAAAGGAUUAUUAACAAAAGAUGUAUAAAAAAAAUAAACUAUGAUUAGCCAGGAUUGAGAUUAGGAUCAAAUGGAAUUUAAGAAAUAAAAAAGCAUAAUUUUUUUAAUGGAAUUGAUUGGAAAUUGGUAGAGUAGCGCAAAUUAUAACCACCUAUUAUUCCAAAAAUAUAACAUGUUUAAGAUUUAUCUAAUUUCGCUCCUGCUUUCUUAUAAUAACCUAUAAUGGAAACUCCAGAAUCAAUAUCAAAUGAAUAUUUCGAAGGAUUCACAUAUCAAUAGGUAAUAUGAAA